ACACACAUUUGAACCCCCUCUCCAGAAGCUCCGUGCUUGUCCCCCGCUUUCGUUUCGGUAUAUACCAUUGGCACUAUGAGAAAAAAAAAAAAAAAUGGAGUCAUAUUACACUGUUCGAAUACGCGUAACUUACAUCUUUUUGUUCUCUCGUGUCUCCUUUUAUGGUUCUUCAUUGCUCUGAAAUUAAGUCAGCUGUACUCUAGAAUUAUAACAUAAGAUGAUUUAAACGUUGAGUACCUUGGCACGGUUCUUAAGGCCAAGGUUAUCUUCGUGACAAAGAAAUUCUCCGAUAUACAUAUUCCAAUAUUAAAUAGCAGAAAGUAAAUUCAACUUUUUAUGGAAUUAAAAAUGUUCCUUAUGAUAGACAUUAAUAAAUUUACUUGAAUCAAUAUUCAAGUAAAAUUCCAAGUAAAAAUGUUAGCUUUGUGGUGAUUCAUAAGAUAUGUGUGCAAAUGUUCGUGCGUAUAUCUUAAUUCUUAUAUAUUUAUGACGAUAUUUAUUACGGUAGGAUAUAACGGUAUUUAUAACGGUGCGAAAUUUAACGACAUAUUUUGACGAGCAUUGAAGAACUACAUAAAUAUCGGUAUAAAAUUAUUUCAGAAACGGAAGUUUGUAUUGAAUAAAAGAAAUAUGCACGGGAUCUUCGGGGAGACGAUAUACAUAUGCAGAAGGUAUAUACAUAUAUACAUUUCCCGGUCGAGUACGACGUAUUUAUACAUGUACCUAACACACAUUCAGAGACUAAAUUUAUACACAACGCUCAUGUAGAUGUGCGUCAUGUACAUAUGUACAACCUACCUUACGUACACAUGUGUAUACCUUACAUACAUGUGUAUACACGUGAAUGAACGAGACAAACGGGGUCUACACGCGAAGAAAAUCUGACGCACAAUUAUCGAAAAAUGCUACAUGCACUGUUGAUAAUGCUGUAACGAUGACGAUGAGAUAUACUGUAGAAAUAAUGUGAUAUGUUAUAUAUUCGUAUUCAUACUAUUGCAUUGAUGAUGAAUUAUGGUAGUUGAUGAUGAAUAAUGAUGUUAAUAAUGAACACGAUUUCUGGUAACGAUGAUAAUGAUUUGGAAGAUGGGGAAAUUCCUUCUGAUGAAGAUGAUGAACCUCUGCCACCACCAGUAAAUAAUGAUGCCAAUAAAAGUGCAUCAAAAGCAGAUGUACCAAAAACUAAAGCUUUCGAUUCUAAAUUCAAUAAAAACAAGAAAUCAAAUGUUCAAGGAAGUAGCAAGCAUGAUAGAUUUCCAAAAUAUAAAAAUCCAUCAGAAGAUUGGGCAGGAGAUGUGGAAAAAGCAAUUAGGGCAGCAUUAGAUGAAGAUGGUACUAGAAAUCAAGAUUCCAAAUCUAAGAGUAAAAAUAAUAGAAAUAAGAGUAGAAAAAGGAUAAGGGACGAAAGAGAGGAAGACCGUAAUAAGGAUCAAAAGAGAAGAAAAGUGAGUGACGACGAAAAUGUCAAUGAAGAUGAAGAUGAAAUGUUAUUUGUUAGAGGUGCUUCGCCUGUUAGGAAGGAUUCACAAGAGAAUAAUUCUCCAAGACAUACAAACGAGCAUGAGAAUUUUGAUAGUAAUUCAGAUUAUGAUGAUAGGCCUAAUGUAAAUCGACAUAGGGAUAAUGAUAACAAGCGUAGUAAUUCAAGAGGGGGUGGCGGUGGGGGAGGACGUAGAGGCGGUAAAAAUGAACGCGGUGGUAAAAAUAAAACCCGUGGGCAAAUGCGGAAUGAUAGAAAUGGACGGAGAAAUCAAAAUAAUGACCACAAUCAAGAUCCAGAUGCUAUAUGUGUUUAUUACAUGCAAGGAAAAUGUCAUAGAGGAGAUGAUUGCCCUUUUUCACACAAUGCUUUACCACCUCGAAAGAUGGAACUCUGCAAAUUUUAUCUUAUGGACUGUUGUGCAAAGAGAGAUAAAUGCCUUUAUAUGCAUCACGAUUUUCCAUGUAAAUUUUUUCAUACAGGAUUAAAAUGUAGUCAGGGAGAGAAUUGUAAAUUUUCACAUCAACCUUUAAAUGAGCAGGUGAAAGGGAUUUUGUUAAAACACUUAGAAACAGCACCAAAAGAAAUACUUGGAGAUUUUCCACGUUUAAGUAGAGAAGGGGCAUUGUUAAUGAUAAAUAAUACAGCUAGAGCAUUAGCGCAGGGUCAAGAAACUACAAAUCAAAAAAUUCCCAGUCUUUUUGAACUAAAUAUAUCAGCUCCAACUGGUACCACAGAAAAGAAUAAUGAAAGGGAAGAAAAAGAAGAACAAGUACAACAGCAGAAAAGUGUUAGAGAAAGGAAAUCGUCAGGUAAGAAAACUCGAUGGGGUUCAGAUGAAGAUAGGGUUCCAUACGAACAAAUCAUGUUGUUACAAUCAUCAGCCAAUGAACUUGGUUUGCAACUUCCUAAUGCUGCAUUGGGUUUAGCAACCCAACAACACUUACAAAAACCAUUAAUACCCCAAUCUAUGCCAAAUAUGGAUUUUUAUACUGAAGCUAAUAACCUUGAAUUGAACAAAAUAAAUUUAAACAAAGCAAGAGACAGAGAAGAUUUCACAAAAGACGUAGAAGAAGACGAAAUACUAGAACAGGCAAAAAAGAAAGACACGACACUACUUGAAGAUUCAAAAGAUAUAGAUUUAAGGCAAUUGCUACCAACGAAAAAGCCGCCACCUGUUGUUAGUAUAGCUGAUGAAGUAGCAAAUCUUACCAAGUCUAAGUUCGAUGAAGAAAGUGAUCAAGAUGAAGAAACAGAUCUUGUUAUAGAAAUGCCAAUGGAAGAUGACGAUAAGCAGAAAGAUAAAAAUACAGAUCAAGAAGAAACAAAUAUCGCAAACGAAGAAACUAAUAAUCACUAUGAUACUUCUUCACCAUGUACGGAAGAGCAAGAAAUACCGGCUCAUUUACCAAAAAAGGCACAGGAAUUGUUCAUGCGUAUUCAGCAACAACAACGGGCAGCACAGGAUAGUUUUAAAAACAUAGAAAAUGAGUUCUCUGCACUUUCGUGCAGACGUACGGAUCAAAUUCUAGAAGAUUGGUAUUCGGACGAUGAGGAUGACGAUGACGAUGAUGAAAGUGGAAAUCUUACGAUAGUACUUUCCAAUAAAGAUACGCUGAAAGAAGAAAAUGAAUCUGCAGAGAAGUCACAGAGUAUUGUGAUUAAAGAAGAAUUUCAAACUACACCUUCUGCUCCUACUAUACCUCAGCCAGCAGCUAUUGUGGACAAACUUGGAGACUUAAGUAAGAUUGACAUUAGUGCUGAGGUAUCAAAAUUACUAUCGUCACUAAAGGCGACGACUGGUAAAUCUUUCCAACAAAACUCCACACAAGAUUAUUCCUCAAAAGUUAAAUCUUCACCUGACAGAAUAUCAUUGGAUGAAUCAAACAUUCACAGUAAAAGUAUCAACACAUUUAAUACUUCAAAUCAGUCAUCAAAAAUUGAAAAUGAAACAUCGAGUCCACGUUCCUCCCCUGGAACAAGUUCUGUACCUGUUUCCAGAGAUCCCCGUAUGUCACGAGAUCCCAGACAACGUCGAGACGAACAGAAAUUGAGCAGCCCUAGUAGAACAGAUAGUAAAAAAGAAUCUAAGCAUCUUAGAUUGGAAACGAGUAUCUACAGUUCCGGCAUUACUACUGUUGAUACUAACAUGGACACAGAUCUCCGAACUAAGACAGAUCAGGAUCUUCGAAGAAAGGAUAUGGAUUUCAGACAACAAUUCCAAACCGGUUUUGGAGAUACUGAUCUUCGAGUUGUCGGAGCAGGAUUCACCGAUGCGUCUACUAAAUCAGAUGUGGAUUUGCGACAAAUGUUGAGCUUGCCUUUUAAACCGGCACCAUCGCACGUACCUUGUACGGAAAUUGAUGCAAGUAUUUCUUCGCAUCCUCCAAUGACGUAUAAAGUAUAUGUUGUUGACAUACCAAGACCUGAUUAUACAGGUCUUAAACUUACUAAAAAUGAUGCACAAGUCAAAUACGAUCCACGAUUACGUAAAAUUUUUAGAAUCGGUAAAAUCGAAUUAGCUGAUUCUCCCAUGUCUCCACCUCCAAUUAAAAUGGAUACUCCAAAGUCACCCCCACAAGUUCGAUCCGAUCCUCGUCGGAAAGCUCUCGAGGCUUCCAAUUUAUCUUCUCAAAAUGUAAAUGCUUCCAUGAUGAAGAAUGUUCAGCAGUCGUCAAUAGAAAUGUCGAACAUGGGGAUGGGUCCUGGUGGUAUGUCUGUCCCUCAGGGUAUGCCUGGACCACAAGGUAUACAAGGAGGACAAGGCAUGAUGCCAAUGGGUCCAAAUCCAAUGCUUGGAAAUAUGGGGCCUAUAGGACCUAUUAUGAAUACUCCCAUGGGCCCUCAAAACAUACCACCUAUGAGUAUGACGGGAAUGUCCAACAUGCCUCCGGGAAUGACCAUGAACGGACCAGUUGUGCCUCAGAAUCAGAUGAACUUUGAUCCACGUUUUAAUGUUCAACGCAACAAUGGGGCUGGGUUGUUAGGCCCAGCACCUGGUGUAGGCUUCGGACCAGACGUUAAUUCUUCGUACGAUGGUGCGCCAACGUACCCUAGUGGUAAUUUCAAUAACUUUGGUCCUGGUCCUACUUCAGUGCCUCCAGAUUCUGGUAUGAUGGGAUUCAAUCCGAAUGGUCCGAAUCCAAACUUCGGUAUGGAGGGGUCUGAGUGGAAUGGAACAAACCAAAAUAGACGCGGUGGACGAAUCAGGCGACGAAAUAGAAAUAGGACCAACAUUGUGACUAAUAAUUAAGGCAAUAAGCAAUUUCAAGUAGGUACGUAAGCGAAGUACCUGGUGAUAAUUCUCAUUGUAAUUUAAAUUUGUACAGCAUGCAUUAAUGAUAAUGCAUUCAUUUAUGGCGGUCCAGAUUAAUGAUCUUUUGAUUGUGUCAAUUGUACAUGGUGUCAAAUGCUCGAUAGUGGUUAAAUAGCAAAAUAUAAAUUUAAACUAUUGGAAGAAAAAUAUUAAAAAUUGUUUAUGGAUUACACACUUUGAAGCAUUUCUUUGUAUGAAGUAUACAUACCAAUGAAUGAUAUAAGUAAUGCUCAUAAUUACGUGACACUCUAUAUUUUAUUUAAAAAAUAUAAAUCAUAUUAUAUACAUGAGAAAUAUAUCAAAUAUAUCUAUGAAUAAUAGCAAAUGAAAUUUUCAGCGAAAAUAUAUAUGUAUAUAUUGAACAUCUUCAUCCAUUUAAAAAGACAUUUAAUAUAUAAGAUAUGAUGAAUGAAAAAUCUGAUUAUAUAGAUUGAUUUAUAUCUUUUUUUUAUGUCUUCCAUGUAUGAUACAUAACGGAAAUACAUACAUACAUAUAUAUGAAUAUACAUAUGAAUAUAUGUAUGUGUGUGUAUAAUUUAUAUGCAAAUAGUUCUUGAAUUCUAGAAUGCAUAUAAGUUUUAUUAAAUUAUGUUUAGACAGUAUCAGAACGACAUAAAUUCAUGAAAUAUGGUAUGGUAUAAGGCCUAUUAUUAUAAGUCAAAACACCAAUAAAAUGACAUAGUACAUGAUACAGUAUGAAAAUGCAAUAUUUUAUAAAAAACUAAUGUACUUAUAAGAGUUUUGAAAAUAAUUGUACAUGGACAUACUUUUUUACUUACAUUAGAAGAGAUAUAGAUAGAUAUCAAAAGAUAUUUCAUUUCAAAUUUUGUAGGGACUGCAGAUUAAAAAUGUAUUUAAAUAAAUGUGAACCUUAUGAUAAUCUAGGUUUUACACUACUAGCAAAAUUUUUACCCUAUUAUUAUUACCCGUUACAGCAGUCAUAUGUUCCAUGUAUUAAUAUUAAAUACAUCUCUGCUAAAACGCAGAUUAAGAAAUACUUUCUCUUUGAGAAAUAAUAUUAGAAACAGAGUAUAUGUUUCAAUUUAAAGAAUUGUUCAGCCAUUAUUCAAUGUUAACCUAUUGAUAUUUUCCUUUAUUAUUAUACCUAGAAAGUCAAAAAAUGAAAAUUACAUUUGUAAAAAAUAUAGUUUACUAUCAUAUAGUGAAACUCUUUUGUACAAUUUAAUUAUUAAUUCUAAUACGUUUUUCUACUAUUACUCGUAACGUUGUAAACAAUGGUUGUAUUUCCUCACUGCACUUUGUUUAAAACACAAAUAUUUUAAAUAUGGAUAUAAAAAGUGAUAAAAUUUAUAUAAUGUACAACCCAUGUAAGAGAAAUUGUACUUUCAUUUGACUAUAAUUCACUAUUACAGAUUCUUGUUUAAUUAUUA